CGGAGUGGUAACCGCCAGGUGAAACAAAAUCUGCUUCCAAACACAACAAAUCGGAGUGCGCGUGGAGUCGUUUUUGUUUCUGUAUCAGCGCUUACAAUCGUUGUCGUGUGGUACAAUUUUUCUGUCUUGUCGAAUAAUAGUUGCUGUUAUUACCAUGUUUUCUCACGUCUUAAACAAGAGAGAGCCUCUUGAAAUCGCAGUGGAUGAUCCAAAAACGCUUGCUUUACAGACAUGCCGUAAAACACUGAAAACUAUUCAGCACCAGGAGGUGCAGAAGGAGAAUCUCACCAUUCGCAAAGGCUUGAAACCUGUGGAGCCUGAGAAGAAGAAAACCUUUGAAACCAAAGCUGUUCAAACUGGAGAAGAUUUCAAGCCCACAUUCACUGCUGAUGAUUUAGUAAAUGAGACUGCUACAGAUGAUUAUUGGCGUGCACUCGCUGUGCAGCGUGGUGUAGCGCUUGACAACAGUUUACAGGAAAACGAGAAGCUGCAAGAGCAGGUUGACCACUGGAAGAGGGAGAGUGAGGCAGCCAAAUCGUUACUGGAAGAGUCCCGCAGUUUGGUUAACGUCUUGGAAGAGUUGCUAGAUUCCGCUGGUAACGCAGAUGAACUAGAUGUUGACAUCGAAGGAUAAAAGACUGAACCUUGUUAGCAUUUAUUACAAUUAAUUCUUUAUUAAUGUAAUUCUCAUCACCAUGAAAUUCUCAAGGACUACCUACUCUGCAUGUAGAACGAAUAUUAUUAAAUUAUUUUUGUAAA